GCAGUGCAGCUUGGCAAAUACACCGAGCUCCUCGUUUUGUAGCUCUAGGGUUUGAUCUGUGACGUCUAAUCCGGCCGCCAACAUCUGCGACGAAAUUUCGCGGCAAAAUCGAUGAGUGUACGGAAAGAUAUUCCACACGUUAAUUGGCUCAAUUAAUUUGUAAAACGAUGGCAUUAGUAAAUGCAGAUAGAAUCAAAUCGGAGCUGAGCACGUUCGACAUUGUUUGUGGAGACGACAUAUUGGACAAGCUGUUGGAGCAGUGUCUGUGCAACAGGUUGCAGGGGGAUGAUAUAGUCCUGGAGUGGGUGGCUUUCAGCACCACCAAGGGAGGCUUGAAACUCAGUUUGAACACACUGGAGCAGUUUGAGCAUGAGGUUCUAAACAAGAAAUACAAGGCCAAGCCGGCCAUCGCAAAGCGAGAGGAAUCACACAACAGAACCAGGGAUAUCAACUCGCUGCAUGACCUAAUCAAAGCAGAAGAAGAAGAGGAGAGUCUUCUGGACUCCUAUUCCACCCCAGCUAAGGGUUCUCAGAAGCGUGCCCUGACCACCCCAGAACACCCCCAGUCUAAGAGGAGUGCAGCUCUUAUAGCCAGCCCUGGCCUGCUGCUGUGCUCAGCCAGCUUCUCCCCCAGUGUGACCCCUUCUCAGAAGUACAGUCAGCGUGGAGGUCGGGGGGAGGUGGUGUCUACAUUUGGGGCCGUCCAGGGCACACGUUGGGCAGGGAGGAAAGGGCAGACGAACGGGGUUCAGCUGGAGCUCCUAGAGGGAUCAGAGGACUCUUUGAUUAACAACUACAAGUACAUGUUCCAAAGGCUGAGGGAUGUCCGCAACGUGUUGACCGAGAAGAUUGAGGAGCUGGGAGAGGAACUGAGGAUAAACUUUAACAUAGAAGAGUUCUCACCUGUGUCUCUUCCUGCUCAGGACAGUGUGACUGUCCUGGGACAGGUGUGCUGUGACAGUAAUGGGAAGCUUAACUCUCAAUCAGUGCUGUUGGAGGCAGGGCCUGAUCAGGGUGAGCGGCAGGUGCCAGUAGACCUGUCUGAACUCAGAGACUACUCACUCUUCCCUGGACAGGUGGUCGUCAUGGAGGGGAUGAAUACUUCAGGGAGGAAGUUUGUGGCAUCUAAACUCUUUGAGGGUGUCCCCCUCCCAUUCUACUCUACUCCCAUCAAACAGGAAAUGGACAUGGACAUUCCUGAUGUUCCAGAGCAGCUUUUGGUGAUGGUGGCCUGUGGUCCCUACACCCCCUCUGACGGCCUGACCUUUGACCCCCUGGUGGACCUCAUCAACGUCAUCGCCAGGGACCGCCCUGACGUUUGCAUACUGCUGGGACCCUUUGUGGACUCCAAACAUGAGCAGAUAGAGAAAUCUCUGGUGACGGAAACGUUUGAUGCCAUCUUCUCCAGAUGUGUGGGAAGCAUUGUGGAAGGAACCAAAGGAGUUGGAUGUCGGUUGGUAUUUGUUCCCUCCCAGAGAGAUGUCCACCAUCACUUCAUUUACCCACAACCCCCUUUCAUCCUGCCGGACCUCAGCAAGGAUGACGCAAAGCGUAUGACCCUGGUGCCUGACCCCUGCACCCUGCUCAUCGAUGGCGUGACCUUUGGCCUGACCUCUACAGACAUCCUUUUCCACAUGGGAGCAGAGGAGAUCAGCUGUGCCUCUGGCUCGGACAGAUUCUCACGCAUCUUGAAGCAUAUGUUGACCCAGAGAAACUACUACCCCUUGUACCCGCCUGUGGAGGAGGUGAACAUGGACUAUGAGAAGUUCCAGUGUUACGGCCAGAUGCCCCUCACUCCUGAUGUGCUCAUCGUCCCCUCCGAGCUACGCUUCUUCAUCAAGGAUGUGAUUGGCUGCGUGUGUGUCAAUCCUGGACGCCUGACCAAGGGCCAGGUGGGAGGGACUUAUGGCAGGCUGCUCAUCCAGAGGAGCGCCCCAUCGAUAGAUGGAAAGAGAGUCAGUCCCUGUGUGGCUGGCCAAGUGGUCAAGAUCUAAUCUGAUUGAAGACUGACUGAAGAUUGAUUUCUCUCCCCAUCGCUCUCAUCUUCAUAUUACAAAACUAUCUAUUUUACAAUGACUAUUAAUGUAGCUAGCUGCUUACUGUAACUUAAUUUGAUAAUUUGCUCAGUCCUGUAUGUGUUUGGUAUUCUACUGAAUCACUCCUUAUUUUACAGUGGAGUUUUCCAAAGACAUGAUAUUGGGCACUUCAAUGAUUAUCAGUCAUCCUUUCUGAUUCUCACACUAUUCUUGUCAAUAAAUAAUUAUUUCUCAAUCUG